UUCUUAAUUAAUCUCUUUCCCACAAAUCUUUACCUUCAAAUUCAAUUUUUCAGAUUCCGAGAGGGAAAGCCACAGAUUUCUCAUCCAAACGCCAUGAAGAAAUCAGCGCUCGUAGCUGCGUCCGUCACCGCCGCUUCCGCCACCGCCAUCUCCGCAUCCUCCUCUUCAUCUUCCUCGUCCAAAUUUCACUUUCCUCGGGAGGAUGAUUACAACCGGAAAACCGGUGAAAACUCGUCGUCGGACGGAUCAUCGUCUACAGAGAAAUUUGCGCCGAGAUUCGAUGGAUUGAGAUUCAUCGAGACAUUGAUCACUGCUCAUAGAUAAGAAUUGCGUCAUUUUUCUCCCAAAUUUUAUCUUAUAACUAUUUUCAGUGCGCCAAACGUGUUACCAGAAAAAAGAAAAAUGAAAAGCUUCUUUACUGUGGAGACUCUGUUAGGCGUGAUUGCGUUACUAGGCUAAAUUUUUAAGUCUGUAACUGGUGAAAUCUUGUGUAUAAUUUAAAAUUAUAUGAUAGUGACUAUUAAUACAGUAUUUUGUA